CCGAGCCGAGCUGAGCCGAGCCGAGCUGAGCCGCGCUCUGCCCCGGGGCGCACGGGCCGGCGGGGCACGGCGGGGCGAGGCGGCGAGCGCGGCGGCGGCGGCGGCGGGGGGCAGGCUCCGUGCCCCGCCCGCCUCGGCACGGCACGGCACGGCACGGCACGGCACGGCACGGCACGGCACGGCACGGCUCGGCUCGGCUCGGCUCGGCUCGGCUCGGCAUCGCACGGCUCGGUUCCGCUGGUCACGGCACAGCUCGGCUCGGCACGGCUCAUCGCGGCGCGGCACGGCACGGCACGGCUCGGCUCCGGCAGCUCCGGAGCCAUUCAAACAAGUGGCUCCGGCAGCACUUCGGAGCCGGGGCUGGGGAGAGGGCACAGCGCGGCUCCCUGCCCCGGAGGCGCCGGGCCCUUCACAUUGCCUCUUUUCUCUGGCGCUCGCUCUUUAUUUGACGAUGAAAUAAUGUUGACAUGUCUUGAAUUAUUAAGUAUUCCCUGGAUUUUAUUAGCACAUGAUGCCUAAAUGCUGCCUGUAUCUGCUGGGGUCUUAACCAGAGAGGAGCGAAGGAGAGAGGCAGAGAGACAGAGCGAGGGAGAGAGAGGGGUUUUUGACAGCUGUAUUUGUGCUGAUAAGCAGAGGCACAAGGAGACGAUCGACUAGUGAGACGAGGGGAGCGGCGGCUCGGAGCUGCUGAGAGGGGCUGCGCUUCCCUCCCGAGACGGCUUGGCCCUCCUGGCGCCGUGCUGGGGCUUGGGGGGGACCCGAGCCCCCUCCCAGCGCCUGGCGGGGCUCUCGGCCGGUGCCUGUGCCGGGGGGCAGCUCGCUGGCUGGGCACACCGCCCGUGCGGGGCAGAUGCCGAUUGAGAUUGUGUGUAAAAUCAAAUUUGCCGAGGAGGAUGAGAAGCAGAAGGAGAAAGAAGAAGGGGAUAAGGAGAGCCUGAUUGAGGAGCCUGCCCGGCCCCGCUCCCGGGACCUGGCCACCUUUGCCAGCGCCAGCACGCUGCACGGCCUGGGACACAUCUGCCGGUCCGGGCAGCUGGGCGUGCGCCAGACCCUCUGGGCAUUCGCCUUCCUGGCCUCGCUUGCCUUCUUCCUCUACCAGGCGGCCAAGUCGGCGCUGCUCUACCUGGAGCAUCCCCACGUCAUGGCCCUGGACGAGGAGGCCAUCCGUGAGAUGGUUUUCCCCGCCAUCACCAUCUGCAACAUCAACCGCUACCGCCACUCGGCGCUCACUGAUGCUGACAUCUUCCACUUGGCCAACAUGACCGGGCUGCCCCCCAAGGACCGGGACGGCCACAAGGCCACGGACCUGCUCUACCCUGACCCUGACAUGGCUGACAUUGUCAACCGCACCGGCCACCAGCUCGACGACAUGCUCAAGAGCUGCAACUUCAGCGGUGAAAACUGCUCCUCCCGCGAUUUCACUGUGGUCUACACACGCUACGGUAAGUGCUACACCUUCAAUGGGGACCGGAGGAACCCACGAGUGACCCGCCAGGGCGGCAUGGGUAAUGGGCUGGAGAUCAUGCUGGACAUCCAGCAGGAAGAGUACCUGCCCAUCUGGAAAGAGACCAACGAGACGUCAUUCGAAGCUGGCAUCCGGGUCCAGAUCCACAGCCAGGAUGAGCCGCCCUACAUCCAUCAGCUGGGCUUCGGUGUCUCGCCCGGCUUCCAGACCUUCGUGUCCUGCCAGGAGCAGCGGCUCACCUACCUGCCGCAGCCAUGGGGGAACUGCCGGGCCAGCAUGCAGGGGGAGCAGAUGCUGCCCGGCUACGACACCUACAGCAUCGCUGCCUGCCGCCUGCAGUGCGAGAAGGAGGCUGUGGUGCGAACCUGCCACUGCCGCAUGGUCCACAUGCCAGGCAAUGAGUCCAUCUGCUCCCCCAACGUGUACAUCGAGUGUGCUGACCACACGCUGGAUGCGGCAGUGGAGGACAGCCAAGAGCGCUGCAGUUGCCCCACACCGUGCAACCUAACACGCUAUGGCAAGGAGAUCUCCAUGGUGCGCAUCCCCAACAAGGGCUCAGCACGCUACCUCGCCCGCAAGUACAACAAGAACGAGACCUACAUUCGGGAGAACUUCCUGGUGCUGGACAUCUUCUUUGAGGCGCUCAACUAUGAGACCAUUGAGCAGAAGAAAGCCUACGACCUUGCCGGGCUUCUCGGGGACAUCGGUGGACAGAUGGGCCUGUUCAUCGGUGCCAGCAUCCUCACCGUCCUGGAGAUCCUGGACUAUGUCUACGAGGUGAUCCGGGACAGGGUGAGCCGAGUACUGCGCCGCUCUAAACCACCCCUGAAGAAGCCCUCAGGCAGCAUUGCCACGCUGGGACUGGAGGAGCUCAAGGACCAGAGCCCCUGCGAGACGCUGGGCCGGCACGUGGAAGGCGCCUACAAUGCAGGCAUCCUGCCCAACCACCACCACCGCCACCACUACCCUCACCAGGGCGUCUUCGAGGACUUCGCCUGCUAGGCCAGCUUGGGACGGGGCGGGGGACAGCCCCCCACCACUCCCCUCCCCACCAAUGGCAUGGAGAGGGACCACGGCAACGGGCAUGUGGGCGCAGGCCCCCGCCUUCCCCACCCCACUGCUGGGACCAGCCAUGCCAUUCGCCCCCGGUGAUGCCGCUGGCGCUGCCUCGGCACUGGCACCGGAGCGGUCCCCCGGCCCGUUUGCCCGUCCCCUCCACUUGCCUCCAGCACACAGGCUUGGCUCCGUCUCAAGCACAUGGCGUGGAGGGGGAUGGGCACACUGGUGGGGUCUGAGUGACCAGCGGGGUGCAGGGCAGAGGGGCUCUGGAGAUGCAGAGCAUGCAGAGGGUAAGCUGGGGUUCCUGCAAGCCCCUCCAAACCCUCCCCUGCUGACCCCUCCCGGGUGGGUGUCUCUGCCCUGCAUGGUCCCCCUCCAGGAGAGAGGUGUGCCUGGAACAGCUUCCCCCUGCCCCAGGGACCACCAUCCCUGCACCUCCCUGCUGCAGGGCAGGGCAGCAUUACAGGGCACCCCUCUGAGACGCAUGGCCCCCCGGCCAGCCCAGGGACACCCCACCUGCAGCCACACCUGCAUGGCACCACCCUGAUCCCUGGCACCACCACCACUGUGACACCCCCCCAAACAUCUGCGCACCCUUCCCCAGCCUCAUGUGGCCUGCAAAGGCUGCAGGUCCCCCAUCACUGCUCCCAGCCAGACCCUGGCACUGUGACCCCCCCACACACUCCAGUGUUGGCUCCUGAUAGCUCCCAGUCAUUGCAGCACUGCAAACCUACUGCCUCCCCCCUCUCCUGCCCCUAGUCCAUCGUGCCCCCCCAGCCCUCCCCAUCCUCUCCUUGCCCAGGUUUUGCCCAAGUGGCUCGUCCCUUGGUGCAGCCACCCAGCACAGCCCAGGCAGAGCAGGGGAUCCUGCCUUUGCUCCCCUGCCUGUCACUGCUCUUUUGCACCAUGCACGUACCCCCUGCCACGCUCCCACCCCCCCGGGUGCUGAGCACCCGCUGUGCCUCCCCCAGACUGUACACGGUUAGGAGGGUACUGCGUUCCCAGCACCACCUGGAAAGCCACAGCCUGACCUGCUGGCCGGAACCUCAGCCAGAAACGGCAGCCACAGCCCUCCUGCCUGCCCCAAGGUGGCAGGACCCACGGCGCUCCCACUGUCCUGUUGGACAUUGCCUCCUCCCACUUCACUGUAGCAGACACCAGCGCAGGGCAAACUGCCCCAAAAUAUCUCAGGGGGGGCGGGCUGGCAAAGCCCCCCUCGACACACACACAUGGCAGAGGGAGGGAUCCCAAGGACGCUGGGGUUGAACCAGGUGGCCCCUGGCCUUGCCAGUUUGAUCCCCAUCCCCAGUGCCCACAGACAGAACAUGGCCAUGCUGCACCGUGGCCAAAGCCAUAGAUGCAGGAAGAGCCAUCAUCCUUGCAGUCCCCAAGGCCCCACAUGUGGGAGACGCAGGGCAGGGGCCAGAGCACCAGCCUGCUGAUGUGCCUGGAAGCCCUGGCCCUGGGUAUGCACGGCCCAGCGGUCCCCCAGAAUAUGCACCCACAUGGAAACAUUUUCCCCGUCAGUGCAAGCACCCACCUGCGUGGUGUCGCAUGUCCUCCUGCAUGGGGGUGACACACAGCAAGCCUCCGAGCAGGGCAUGCACGGCGGCGCUCCCUGGGGAGUCCCUCCAGAGCACCCUGUGCUGGCUCCCCAUGGGGUCCCCCCACAGCCACCUGCAAGCAGGAGUGUUCCUGGAGGUGUACCACGCGUUAGCCCGGGGACAUGCCAUGGCAGUGCCAGCCAGCCCUACAUCCAGGUUUCCUGUGGUGGGCCGGGGGGUUCCAGGAUGUGGCCCCUCCCCUGCCAGUGGGAGCAGCGAGCCCCAAGCGGGGUGGGCACGGGCACCACGGCGGGAGGGCUGGCACAAAUGCCCUCGUGCUGGUGAACGUGAAAGAUGUGCGUCACUGUUUUAUAAAUGUACAAAUGCUCCCUAAUAAAGAGGCACAAGUAGGUCCUGA